AUGCUUUGGUCAGAUAUCCGGAAUGUCGCUGAUGCGCACCGGCUGUUGGAAGCCGUCCGUGCCCGGGCCCUGCCGCUGGUCCGCCGCCGUCUCCUUCCUCAUGAACGCGCCGGGCUCAGCAGCGGCAACGUCUUCGUCUGGGAGGAGAGCGCGGAGGAAGGCGACGACGGCGGGCUUGUGCGCUGGACAGAUGGACGCAGAUGGUACGUCUUGUUCAUCCCGCUCAGUCGCGACCCACCGAGGAUGAAGGGCUCGGUGCAUCGCAGGUCCCAGAGUAAGAUGCGCGGCGAUUUUCUGUUCUACGAGGAGAAGAUCGCCACCACUCAGGCAGAGCGGACGGCUAAGGCUGUGAGGCGAGCAAACAAAGCAUCGUACUCUCCCGUCGACCUUCCGGGGCCUCCCAAGCGCAAGGAUCGGCCGACGCAAACGAACGGACUAAUCAAACAGACUUUCUCCGUUGUCGUCCAUGUGCCGCACUCGUUCCAGGUUCGGAAAUGGCACAUUGUCGCCUACCUCUCGGCUGAGUCAAUCGCGGAACUGCCAAUCGUCGACGACUACGAGCAUCUCCGGCACUUUCACCCUCCCGACGGCAUCUUCACGACUGCCAGGAACCUGACAGGCCUACUGACACCAGCGACUUGGAACGAAUCACCACCGUCAAAGAGCUCGCAGUCGGAUGAUGCUGACUCGCGGGAGAGCUCCCGCUCGCCUGUCACGCCGUACGCAGCGAUUCAGUCGACAGCAGAGCCACAUGGGCCCCAAUUCUCCGCUCUGGCUCGCGUCACGUUGGGAUCCCUGGAGGUCAGCGAUCCGUCCCUGGUCUUGCCGCUUCCGGUGUUUAUGCGAGAGGACUUGGCGUUGCUGGGCGACUCGGCGGGAGAAUCGAUUCUCUGCCCUCGGUUGCUUGCGUUUGAUUACAAAGCCCGAUUUGGCACGUUAAACCAAGCAAACGCUUUGGGCGAGAUUGCCGAGGAGGCUGAGGAUAUAGAUUCCUCUCUGUGGACUGGUGCUCCCAUCGAAUACAAGCAAGAGCGCGUCACCAAAAGCCAAUACCAAGACGACCUCGACAAGGAAGAUCUUGACGAGGGCGUGGCUCAAGAUGCCGCGACUGCCCAGCUAAAAGACGUGCGGUACUGGCCGGAUUUCAACCGGCUAUACUAUGCGCCACGCACUUUGCAGCAAAUCCCGGAUCUCGCAGAGUGGGAGAGCAAGGAAGGAGAUUGGGCCUUUGGUGGCGAUCUGUUCACGAGGUACGACGAGGAUAAUGAUCUCAUGGACGGUGCGGUGCGGCUGUUCGUCGAAGAGUGCGAGACAAUUCAGGGGAUGCAUAUCAUGCACGAUACAGCGAGUUUCGGGUCCUUCGUAAAUUCGCUGAUGCUUUCGCUCCGCGACGAGUUCACGAAAUUGCCAAUGAUUACGUUACCCCUGCUCUCAGAUGCGGUUCCCCAGAUCUCCCUCGAGGACAAGUCAGCAGUUCGAAAAGCUGUGAACGACGCAUUUGUGCUGCGGAGCCUGAGUGAACUUUCGUCGAUGACCGUUGCCCUUCAAUCUCCCACGACCUGGUCAGAUGCCGUCUGCCGCAAUGAGUGCAUCCAGGCCGGCCAAGCGCAUAUUUACCAUACGUCUGCGAUUUUGUCGACCAAUGUCGAGACCGCGACACUGCCUCUCCGGCUGAGGCGCCAAAACGAGCCUCUGCAUAGCUUCUGCGGCCAACUGGCGUACCAUUCUGGGGUUCCUUUCGCUGAGUUGGGCGGAGUUUUUCUGGGUGACAACAAUCCGGAUCGAUUGCGCCAAAUCUACAAUUUUUCAAGCUCGUCUGGAAGUUUUGUUGAUGGAGGCUUCCGACGUGAUGUUACACGAGGCUUCAGUCGGUCCGCGAUGUCGAGUUACACCGAGUUCCUCGACAGAACCGGCAAUGCGGGGAUCGUCUCCAGCCUCCACGCCCCGGCGUACCCGCUACCGAGCUCCUUCCCCGCAUUCUUCACGAGUGAUGCUGCCGAGUCCUCCGCGGGCUUGGGAAGCGGAGGCGUGCUCAGGCUCUCGCGUCCGCGAUCGACCGCCGUGCUGUCCACGGUGGGAACGUCGCGGGAAACCGUACAGCUGUUCGCCGGGUGCGCCAAGUUCUUGGACGACAAGCUGCAGCGCAGGUUCCCGGUGGACAGCCUCGGGAUCGACGUGGAUGAGAUGAAAGAGCUGGCGAAUGACUUGUGGACUCUACACGAUACCGCUGGGGGAGAUUCUGGUGGCGACGUUGACGUUGACUCGAUCGGCGAGGACGAGUGACGCAUAAUAUUGCUUGGAAUACUACAUAAAGAAAAAACGGAACUCGACCGAUUUGACUGCCAAGCGCAUCCGAGAGGUCACCAAGUUCACUAGUCUCUAGCAAACCCACGAGGAGCUCGUUUCUCACGGUUGAAUCUUGCGAAUGUUGAGCCGCCAUCGAUUGCAAGACCAUGUCAAGCCGCCUCGAGGGAUCAUGACUGCGCAGCAAGUACCCACACGACUCAGGAACGCGGUCCGUGGAGACCCACGGCAAUAUCGCUGUCAUUUGCCGCGACACAGAUGCGAAACGUGCGGGC